UCGACUACAUUCAAGAACACUUGGACCGCAGAAAUGUUGUGGGGCAACAGUUUCCAAGAUCCGCACGAUCAGGAUCCUAGGAGGAAUCCAUGGCACAAUGAGAGCCAGUACAUCGAGAAUGGGCGAGAAAGAGUAGCAAGUGGAGAUGACAGCAGCGACAGCAGCAACUCUGAGGGCGUUCGCAGGACAGGCACCUGGGGUGAACCUGAUGCAGGCAGAUUCGACCCUACCACUGCUGCAGCAGACAUACACGCUCUGAGAGAGGAACUCGCAACGCUUUCCCGUACACGAUCGCAAACGGCUCGCUCAGAACGGAACCAUGACGGACUCAUGCGCACCAUUAGUAGAAAGAGCACAUGCCGAAACAUGUCUCUUCAGGCACCAUGUGUUUCUCACAUACAAACCGGUGACUCGAUAGCCGCAGAAGACGAAGACACCACAGAUACUGCUGUGGCAGCCGAGACGGAAGAUGAAUUCGAGCUCGGCGAGUUCAUGAAGGAGGGAUAUCUUGAGAAGAGGAAAGAUGGAAAGUCAGCGAAGAAGGUGGGCGUUGUCUGGAAGGGUUUGAAUGUCAAGGGCGUUGGGUCGACAGCUACCUUCGCAAAGACCGUCCCUGAUGCAAUCAUGGGGACGUUCGGUCCUGACCUCUACCGCCUUGUCACACGCUUCAUUCCUGCCCUGCGCCUUGGACGCCACCAACAAACUCGCACACUCAUCAAUGACUUCUCCGGUGUACUCAAGGAUGGAGAGAUGAUGCUUGUCCUGGGACGGCCAGGAUCUGGAUGCUCGACCUUCCUGAAAGCAAUUGCAAAUAAUCGAGAAAGCUACGCAGCAGUCGAGGGUGACGUACACUACGGCGGUAUCUCAGCUGAGAAGCAAGCGAAGCAGUUCCGCGGCGAGGCCAACUACAAUGAAGAGGAUGACGUCCAUUUUGCCAACUUGAACGUUUGGCAGACACUGACGUUCGCCCUCAUCACCAAGACGAGGAAGAACAGGAAGGAAGAGAUCCCGAUCAUCCUUGAAGCAUUACUGAAAAUGUUUGGUAUCUCGCACACAAAGUAUACCCCGGUAGGAGAUGAAUAUGUCCGUGGUGUGUCUGGUGGAGAACGAAAGCGUGUAUCUAUAGCAGAGACGCUCGCUGCGAAGUCUACAAUCGUCUGUUGGGACAACAGUACUCGAGGCCUUGACGCUUCGACCGCGCUUGACUAUGCAAAGUCGCUUCGCAUCAUGACCGACCUGAGCAACCGCACAACAUUCGUUACUCUAUACCAGGCCGGAGAGGGCAUCUAUGAGCAGAUGGACAAGGUCAUGGUUAUUGACCAGGGUCGAUGCGUCUACGAGGGCCCUGCAAAGGAGGCAAAGCAGUACUUUCUCGACCUAGGUUUCCAUUGCCCCGAACGACAGACUACUGCGGACUUUCUUACCGCAGUCACCGAUCCUACUGGGCGUCAGUUCCGGGAAGGAUACGAGGCUAGUGCGCCCAAAACAGCUGAGGAUCUCGAGAAAGCAUUCCGCAGAUCUGAAGCAUAUCAAAAAGUUCAAAGAGACAUCAGCGCAUACGAAGAAGAGCUCAAGAGGACCGACUACACUGAUGCCAAAGAGUUUGAGGGUGCUGUGGCGGAGAGCAAGAGCAACAGUAAGCUGAAGUCCAAGGAUUCGCCGUUCACUGUAUCGUUUGUGCGACAAGUCCUGGCGUGUACGAAGCGUGAGCUUUGGCUUACAUGGGGUGACAAAACCACGCUUUACACAAAGUUCUUCAUUAUUGUCUCCAACGGCUUGAUCGUCGGAUCUCUUUUCUAUGGACAAUCCUUGGAUACAUCUGGCGCCUUCACUAGAGGUGGUUCAGCAUUCUUCUCUAUUCUAUUCCUGGGCUGGCUUCAGCUCUCCGAGCUAAUGAAAGCAGUCUCUGGUCGACAUGUCGUCAAGAGGCACGAAGAUUACGCGUUCUAUCGACCUAGUGCUGUCAGUUUGGCCAGAGUUCUGCAAGAUCUCCCACUCCUGCUGGCACAAGUUAUCCCAUUCUCGAUCAUCAUGUACUUCAUGACUGAACUUGAUGUCGACGCUGGCAAGUUCUGGAUCUACUUCCUCUUCAUCUAUACUACGACUUUCUGUAUCACUUCGCUUUACCGAAUGUUUGCGGCCAUGUCACCAACGAUCGAUGAUGCUGUGCGCUUUGCUGGACUUGCGCUCAAUAUCCUCAUCGUGUUCACCGGUUACGUGAUCCCAAAGCCGCAACUACUUUCCGAGUACAUUUGGUUCGGUUGGCUGUUCCACAUCAACCCUGUGUCAUACUCGUUUGAGGCGGUCUUGACCAAUGAGUUCUCCAACAGAGUCAUGGAAUGCGCGCCCUCUCAACUCGUUCCUCAAGGCCCAGGCGUUGAUCCUCAGUACCAAGGCUGCAGCUUGACUGGUGCUCAGCCAAACUCGAAUACUGUCAAUGGAGCUACGUACUUACAGACCUCAUUCGAGUACACACGGUCGCACCUCUGGCGUAACUUUGGUGUGAUUAUCGCAUUCUCAGUCCUGUACCUGCUUGUCACUGUCUGGGCGACCGAGUUUCUGUCUUUUGCGAAUGGAGGUGGCGGAGCCCUAGUCUUCAAGAAAUCAAAGCGCGCAAAGCAGGCUGUCAAGGAAGAACCGACUGACGAAGAGAAAGUUGUGACUGGCAACUCAAGUGGUAGCUCUUCCGGCGACGGCACAAUAGAAGAGGAGGAUGCACUUGCGUCAAUCUCAAGCAGCGAGAGCGUGUUCACCUGGAAAGACGUCGAAUACACUGUACCGUACCAGGGCGGCGAACGUAAGCUUCUCAACAAGGUCAAUGGUUACGCAAAGCCCGGAGUUAUGAUCGCCCUCGUUGGUGCCUCCGGUGCUGGAAAGUCAACCUUAUUGAAUACACUGUCGCAACGCCAGAGCACGGGCGUUGUCUCGGGUGAGAUGUUUGUAGACGGAAAAGAUCUCGGCAAGGCCUUUCAGCGUGGGACUGGCUUCUGCGAACAAAUGGAUCUGCACGACGGCACUGCAACAAUCCGAGAGGCACUCGAGUUCUCUGCUAUCUUGCGUCAAGCCAAGAACAUUCCACGCCAGGAGAAGCUCGACUACGUCAACAAGGUCAUCGACCUGCUCGAGCUUCAAGACGUUCAGGAUGCUCUUGUGUCCAGCUUGGGUGUCGAGCAAAAGAAGCGUGUCACCAUUGGUGUUGAGCUUGCAGCGAAGCCUUCGCUCCUGCUCUUCUUGGACGAGCCCACUAGUGGACUUGACAGCAACUCGGCUUACUCGAUUGUCACCUUCUUGAAGAAGUUGGCUGCUGCAGGACAAGCUAUCGUUUGCACAAUCCAUCAGCCUAGCAGUGUUCUCAUCCAGCAAUUCGACAUGAUCCUCGCUCUCAACCCUGGCGGUAACACCUUCUACUUCGGCCCCGUUGGCGAGAACGGAAAAGACGUGAUUAAGUACUUCGGCGAUCGUGGCGUUCAGUGUCCACCGAGCAAAAACGUCGCUGAAUUCAUCCUCGAGACAGCUGCAAAGCCAGUCAAGCGCAAAGACGGCAGUCGCAUCAACUGGAACGAAGAAUGGCUGAAGUCUGACAACGCCAAGGAGGUACUCAAGGAAAUCGACCGCGUCAAGAGCAAGCGCAGUCAGGCUCUAGCCAAGCAAGACACUGAGGGAGAGUCUGAGUUCGCUGCUUCUGUCUGGUUGCAGACAACGAUGCUCACUAAGCGUACCUUUGUCCAGCAAUGGCGCGAUCCAUCUUAUGUCUAUGGCAAGCUGUUCACCGCUGUUAUUAUCGGCAUCUUCAACGGCUUCACUUUCUGGCAGCUUGGCAACUCGAUCGGCGAUAUGCAGAAUAGGAUGUUCACGUCAUUCUUGAUCAUCUUAAUUCCACCUACAAUCGUCAACGCUGUCGUGCCUAAGUUCUACCAGAACAUGGCAUUGUGGCAGGCACGCGAGCUACCAUCCAGGAUUUAUGGAUGGUUUGCAUUUGUCACCGCACAAGUAGUCUGCGAAAUUCCAAGUGCCAUUGUCGGCUCGGUGCUGUAUUGGCUAAUCUGGUACUAUCCAACCGGCCUACCCACCGACAGCUCUACAGCUGGCUACGUCUUCCUCAUGACGAUGCUCUUUUGGCUAUUCAUCAGCAGCUGGGGACAAUGGAUUUGCGCCUUUGCACCAUCCUUCACCGUCAUCAGCAAUGUGCUGCCUUUCUUCUUCGUCAUGUUCGGUCUUUUCAAUGGUGUGGUUCGUCCGUACUCCAUGCUCCCUGUCUUUUGGAAGUGGUGGAUGUACUAUGUCAAUCCUUCGACCUAUUGGAUUGGUGGCGUCCUCGCUGCAACACUCGAUGGUGUUCCCGUUGAAUGCACCUCUCAAGAGACUGCCCAAUUUGAUGCACCACCUGGCCAAACGUGCUCCAGUUACGCCGGCAGCUUCGUCCAACAAGCCCCUGGCUAUCUCCUCAACCCUGAUGCCAGCACCGGUUGCAUGUACUGUCCAUACACUACGGGCAACGACUAUCUCGCCACGCUGAACAUUCAGGCGAGUCAGAAAUGGAGGAACUUUGGUAUCUUCCUUGCCUUCUGCAUCAGCAAUUGGGCACUGGUAUAUUUCUUUGUGUGGAGUGUCAGAAUCAGGGGGUGGAGUUUCGGGUUUGGAAAGCUGUUCGCGACGUUGGGCAAAGUCGUGGACAAGCUCAAGGGGAAGGGACAGAAAAAGCAGGGUGAGAGUAAAGCGUAG